CAUAUAUAUAUAUAUAUAUAUAUAUAUAUAUAUAUAUGAGGACCAACAUAUUAAAUUAAAGCAAACACACGUGCAUUACAUCAGUAUUAAAACUACGCAUUGUGGUGUCUGUAGUCUGUGUUUGAGGAGGCUUCUAACAGGGUGGAGCACUUCCACAGUCCUCCACGCUCACGGUAACGAUUAUUUAAUAAAAAAAAAAAAAAAAUAACGUUAGACUGUACAGUUAAUACAAUUGUGUAACAGCAGCAAGCAAGGACUCAUCAACAAUCACGUGUGUCAGGAUCUCAAAUAAUGGAGAUCCUGAAAAAUAUUUCUUCGAGUUUUUGGUCUCCUGACAUUUGGUUGCCACCAAAUAUAACGUGGGACGAUAUUAGUCCUAAUUCGGAAAACAAGUAUGCGGAUUCUCAUCACCUUUUAUAUCCAUUGCCGAUGGCCCUUGGACUACUCGUAGUCAGAUAUUGUUUAGAGAAAUUUUGCUUCGCUCCGUUUGGCAAAUCCUUGGGUAUUAAAACAUCGAGGAUGAAAAAAGCCACGCCGAAUGCGCUCCUAGAAAAGGCUUACAGCAAGAAGAUAAAGCACAAGCAGAUAACGGCUUUAGCUAAACAAUUAGACUGGUCUGAGAGACAAGUUGAAAGGUGGCUGCGAUUACGGCGGUCUCAAGAUAAACCUUCCACUUUGACUAAAUUCUGUGAGAAUUGCUUCAGAUGCCUUUACUACACUUUAAUAUUUAUCUACGGCCUAGUCGUCCUUUGGGACAAGCCUUGGCUCUGGGACAUAAAAAACUGCUACUACGGUUACCCGUAUCACGCGGUAACGGAUGAUAUCUGGUGGUACUACAUGAUCUCUAUAUCGUUCUACUGCUCGCUGAGCAUAUCUCAAUUUUUCGAUAAUAAAAGAAAAGAUUUCUGGCAAAUGUUUAUCCAUCACAAAGCUACCAUUAUUCUUAUGAGCUUCUCCUGGGUUGGAAAUCUAACAAGAAUCGGUUCCCUUGUACUACUUGUACACGAUUGCGCUGAUAUCUUCUUAGAAGCUGCUAAAAUGGCUAAAUAUGCUAAUUAUCAAAAAACUUGUGACGCUAUUUUUGGAAUUUUUACUAUUUUGUGGUUGAUAACACGAAUGGUUAUCUAUCCGUUGUGGAUUAUUUACAGUACGUCAAUAUCAGCACCAAAAAUAGUACCAAUGUUCCCAGCAUAUUAUAUAUUUAACUCGUUAUUAAUACUGCUGUUUGUUCUCCAUACUUUUUGGACUUACUUGAUUUUAAAAAUUGCCUACAAUGCGUUCAACGCCGGCCAGAUGGAGGGCGAUAUCCGCAGUAGCAGCAGUGAAGAGGUUUCUGACGACAAUCUAGCGAACGAUCAACCGAACAAUUCAAGUAAUCACUUGAAAUCUGAAAAACAGCACUAAUGUGAUUGGUUUUACUUCCAAAAAUACAUUUAGCUGAUUAUUAAAAAUCAUUUUUAACUUUUUAGGUAGUUGAAAAAUUCCGCUAAUGGCUUAAUGAUCAAUUAUUUAAAUUUAUAAUCAAAAAACAUAAACAAAUUACAAUCAUUUUUUACAUUAUUUUUCAAAGUCAAUUAGGUAUUUAUUUUUUUAAGUAAAAAAUAACUUACGCUUCAUUCUAUUUAUUUAAACCAAAUAUAUUCACAAGUAAAUUUUAAUAAUAAUAAUAAUAUUAAUGAUAAAUAUGAUUAAUUAUAAUAAUUUACAACUUUAAUAGUAAUGCAAAAACUGAUGGUAUUAAAAUGAAUUGAAAGUGUUAAAUCAUAGAAGAAAAUGAAAAAAAAAAAAAGUUGUCUUAAACAUCAAUAUUAUUUAUAUUCAUACAAUUGAUAAAUAUCUAGAGAUGAGUAUUAAUACUGGAUGAAACAGUAAAAUAGGAGUACUGCAUGCGUGUGAGUUUAAAAUGUACGAUUUUAAAACUAUGAUGUGCCAGAAUCUAGGAGUUGUAUAAUGAGAAGAGUUUAAUGAGCCAGUAAUUCAGGAUGUACAUUAAAUGUAAGACAGUUUAACGGGAAAAAAUAUACAGUAAUGAGGAUGUAAAUAAAA